GGAGAGUUGGUGACAGUGGGUGGUUGUGAUGAGCAUGGAGAGUCAGGGGUGGACAAUGGAGAAGCAUUUGAGGAGUGUUCAAGUGGUCUCUCAAGAAUGAUGUACCAACACAGAGGGUCAGAGGUGUCGUCAAGAGAUGACACUUGUGCAAGCAGUUUGUCAGGCAGCCAGCUAUCCUUAUCCUUGGCACUAAGCUCGAGACCUUCCUCCUCCACAGCCACCAGUGUGGGAUCAUGGAGGACGUCCAAAGGCCCUCACCGGGUGUUUGUACCACAUUCCCCCAUGGACCUGGAGCUGGGUCACCGGGUCAGGAUCAUGCUGCCAUCUGGACGGAUCAGCACAGGAACGAUUCGUUUCCUGGGUCACCUGCAGGGGGAGGCAGAUCUCCACCUUGGGGUGGAGCUGCAGACACCUGAGCACGGAUUGCAUGAUGGCAGCCACGGGGGACACAGCUACUUUGAAUGCAAGCCUGGCUGUGGUGCCUUUGUACCAUUCCACAAACUACUGAUGGCCUGGGAAUGACAGAAGUACAGAAGGACUGCCGAUGGAGAACUGCCCAUCAGGAUGCACAGAAAGAGGGCUAACAGAGUGCAGAACAGU